ACGUACACGUCUGCACUCCUCGUCAGACAGGGCAAUCUUUUCUGAUAUAUGCGUCGCGUAGCGAUUAUAUCAGUUCACAUGAUCAAGCAAGAGGGUUGCACACUCCGACACCGGGCUGGCUGCCCGGUGUCGACCAGCUUCGGCUGGGUCUGUCUCUGUCCUUUUUCCAGAAAUACCGCAUUGUCUUGGCUCGCCUAGAUUUUGCGUUUUUUCGUCUCUUCGGUUCUCGGAGAGUGGAUAUUUGACGGAGGAGUGUCUCGAUGAGAAAGCGAGGCGUACUUGUGCGCCUCAGGCCUUCGCUCUGGUUCUGCUUCGCAGUUCCGCCUUGUCGUUUCCGGCGCUGCCGAUCCUUAGCGUGGAUCAAUGCAGUGUGCGGCAAGCAAAGAGCUCCGGUGGUCCCGUUGCCAUUGAGCUGCCCAAGCCAUGGGCAGGUCAGAACAGACGGCGUGCGCCUUGCCGUGUGCACGUAGCUCGGCCCUACCGCCGAGCGCCAGGGCAUUAUCCUGACAGGGGGUGAUGUCCCGGUGGGAAGGAAGUUGUUGUGCAGCUCUCACAGUGCGGAGAGAGAGUUCGCGUUCUUCGACUACCCUCCAGGCUAUCUCCGUUCAGUGGUACACACACGUCGAUGACGCGCUCUCGGUUCUCGCGAGCACCACUGGCCGGGGAGUGGAGAACCCGACUGCCCACGAUGUGGGUGUAGCAGAGGUUCUUCACGCCGUUAGGGGCACAGGCCCGGCGUUAUCUUGGCCUAUUGGCCAGGCCCGCUAUCGGCAAGACACAUCGGAAAACAGCGCAGCUUCGUCUGCGGCCUGCCGCUCUGUGUGUCGCGGGCGCUUCGCGAUUCUGCUUGUCGAUGCACGCCGCGAUGCGGCAGACAUGCAGUAG